CUACUCAACUUCUCUGACAGGAUCUGGCUUUUUACCGAUCUUGCGGAUUUUCUUAUAAACAUGCCUAUUCAGCUGACAAGUCAGGCUUACUGUAAAAUGGUUUUACAUGCUGCAAAGUAUCCUCACUGCGCCGUGAAUGGAUUGCUGGUGGCAGAAAAGACGAAGGAGAAGAAGAAAGUCGGCCACGGUGAACCAGUCUUGUGCGUGGACUGCGUGCCGCUGUUCCACGGUACACUUGCUCUGGCACCAAUGCUCGAAGUAGCUUUAACACUGAUUGAUACGUGGUGUAAAGAAAAUAGUUACGUCAUUGCUGGAUAUUAUCAAGCUAAUGAACGCUCAAAGGAUUCAAGACCCAACCAAGUUGCUGAAAAGGUGGCUGCAAGAAUUUCUGAGAACUUCAGUGAAGCUGCAAUUGUUAUGCUGGACAACAAUAGAUUAACAAUGAGCUGUUUCGAGCCUAUUGUGCUUAUCUAUGACCAUCAUGAAAACAAGUGGAAAAGCAGAGAAGUAACUUUUGACUGUUUUGAGGAUUGGAGCGAAGCACAGAAGAUCACAUCUGCUCUGUUAGAGGGCCGGUCCUACGAGAACUUGAUUGACUUUGACAAUCACUUGGAUGAUCUGAGGAACGACUGGACCAACCCUGUGAUCAACAAGUCCGUCCUGGAUCUGUGCUAAGAGAGUCAGUCUGGAGUACCCUGGACACGCAGACAAAUAUUGCUGCCAUUUCAGCAUGCAUGAUGCUACUAAUCGUGUAGCACAGGAGUACAAAAAUGCUGAACAAAUGGUCUUUGUUCCAUCAAAAGCCCCUCGUACUGAGGGUAACUUGUGGAGCACUGAGCAGUUAGGCCAAAAUCCUUCAAGGGCAAGCGCCAUACGUAUGUUUACUGUUGGCAUGUGUUCACCUUUACAAUGUGAAACUGAGGUGAUGAAGGCAAUGCUUUUGACUGCAACUUUAAUGUUUCUUUAAUGGUGUGUGUGUUUAUUCAUAGUUGUGUGCAUAAAGUUAAAUUCUAGAGUAUUUAAUCUAUUGUUUCCUCUUAAGAGUUUAUAGCCAGUAGCCAUACAGAGAUCAAGUUCUAAAUGAUUAAAAAUGUAAGAUGAUUGUACAUGUUCUUUAUUAAAUGUCUAGUUUGUUUUAAGCCCUGAAACUAAAUUCACAUGUAGAACAAUAGUCUGACUAGCAGUUUAAUUAAAAACCAUUCUUAAAAUUAUGUAUGUAGAUGGCAUAGAGCCAGAGAGAUGGGAAUCUUAAAAAGUUUUGUCUUAUCUGACUAUCAGAUGUCACAUGCCAACUCAAGUUCUUCUGUAGAUGCACCAGCAAUAACAUUGGGAGAUCAUUGGGAUGGUUGACUCAAGAGCUUUGACUUUUAAAUAAGUAAUGCUUACAACAAACCUUUCUAUGAUGCAUGUCUCCUGUUAUCAUCCCUGGUGGCCCCAGAAUGCCAUUCUGGAUGAUACUGAUGUUGGCCUAUUGGCUUUUGAUUGUUGCUCUGGAAGAUUCUUUUUGAAAUACAAUACACUGAAAAAGAUCACAUGAAUGUGUGAAUUUUGUUUUAUAUAUAGUAUAUGUUAUUAGAAUUAGGUAAUAAGCCAAAUAAUACUUAAUUGACCACUCUAAAUACUAAUGUUUAAUAAAUAAUGUUGAAACAUUUCAAUACUUGAUGUGAGGAUGCAGAACGACCUUUGUACUUGACCUUAGAAUUAAUCAGUAAGAGCUAAUUAAAAAAAUUGUUUGGAUGUCACAUUUUUUACAGAUGUUUUAUGAACUGAAUGUAAAAUGAAACCAACUUUUGAAACUAA